AAAAUGAAUAUGAAUAUUCUACCAAAAAAAAAAAAAAAAAAAAAUGAAUAUGAAUGUGGUUCAGAAGAAUCAAACACGUCCUCAUAGACAAAAUUAUAAUAUCAUCGUUGCCAAACACAACAACUGAGAAUGGUUUUCUUGAGCUGGGUUCGCCCCACUGCCCAAGACCAAAAAAAUUGCAUAAACAAGUCGGGUACUUUGAAUUAUGAUGAUAAAUAUAAAGGAGCUUCUGCUAAAUCCUUGUCUUCCCUUAAAGAAGAUAAAGGGUUACCGAAUGAUGGUUUUUUACUCAAUAAUGCGCGAGUUCUGGUGGGUUCCGGUGUUGAGACUUUUGAAAAGGGCAAGAGUGCUCUUCGAAGUUGGAGGCAUUUUGGAAUGAAUUGGGCAUUUGUUGAUCCAAAAACACCGGUCGAACAAGGAGCAAAGUUUUGUGUUUGUGUCAAAGAGUUCCUUCCCUGGCUUAUGAUGCCACUUCAGGUUGUGUAUGUAAAUGAAACCAGCACUACCAAAAACCGUGGGGCCUCCUUUGGGUUUGGAAGUGGAACUCUUCAGGGUCACUUACUGGCCGGAGAAGAACGCUUUUCAGUUGAGAUUGAUGAAAACAAUCAAGUUUGGUAUGAAAUACUUUCUUUCUCAAAGCCUGCCCAUGUUUUAUCAUUUGUUGGGUAUCCAUAUGUGAUGCUUAGGCAAAAAUACUUUGCGCAUGAAUCCGCCAAGGUAAUGCUGAAACACAUUAAUUCAUCAAAAUCCUAAUGUAAAUAUAUGACAUUGUUGCCUUCUAUUCCCUUUUGUAAAUUAUUUCUCUGAUAUCUUCUAUCUGUAAACUUUCUAUGUUCUUUUGUUACAUACUCUGAUAGAUGCAAUUCAUUUAUUAUCAUUUUGCCUUUCCCUUA